GUUUCUGCACGAUGGCGACUGAGGUUCAGAGCGGCGACCUCAACGGGGAGAAAACGAGCCGUCUCGAAGUGUCCAUCGACGGGCUGACUCUCAGUCCCGACUCGGAGGGAGAGGCGGAUCAUGCGGAUAUUAGCGGCUCGCUGUCUCACACACCCGAACCAAGCAGUGCAGAGCUGAGCAGCACCGACCCCGAGCUGCCACUACAGUCCGGUGCCGAGGAUUCAGUGCAGCAGAUCUGGGGCUUUCCUUUACUGCAGCUGUACGGACUCGCACUCCGCUUCUUUAAGGAAAAAGAUGGCAAGGCCUUCCAUCCAACAUAUGAGGAGAAGCUACGUCUGGUGGCUCUUCAUAAGCAGGUGCUUCAGGGGCCCUACAAUCCAGACGCUUCCCCUGAGGUGGGCUUCUUCGAUGUGCUGGGAAAUGACCGCAGGAGAGAAUGGGCAACAUUGGGAAACAUAGGGAAGGAGGAGGCUAUGGUAGAAUUUGUCAAGCUUUUAAAUAAAUGCUGUACUUUAUUUGCACCUUUUGUGGCAUCACACAAGAUUGAAAAGGAGGAGCAAGAGAGAAAGAGGAUUGAGGAGGAGGAACGACGGCGCAAAGAGGAAGAGGAGUGGGAGCGUCAACGGCAGGAGGAGGAGAGGCGCAGGAGGGAGGAGGAGGAGAGACUAAGGAGAGAAGAAGAACAGAGGAGGCAGGUUGAGGAGGAAAGACUGAGAGUGGAACAGCAAAAGCAGCAGAUCAUGGCUGCAUUAAAUGCGCAGACAGCAGUGCAGUUCCAGCAGUACGCAGCACAGCAGUACCCGGAUAGUCCUGAGCAGCAGCUUAUCCUCAUCAGGCAGCUGCAGGAACAACACUACCAGCAGUACAUGCAGCAGCUCUACCAGGUACAGCUGGCUCAGCAACAGGCGGCCCUGCAGAAGCAGCAGGAGAAUGCUGUAGUUCUCUCCAAGUUGGAAGCCAACAAGGUUUCAAUGUCUCCUGUUGAUGAGGCUCCCAUAGUGAACGGCCAGGCAGAGUCAUCCACUGACAGCAUAGAGAAAGAUUCAGAGCUGGAGCCUGCAGAGGAGAUCACUGAGAAUGGUCCAACAGAUUCUCCUCCAGUCAUUGCAGCCCCCUCCAUGUGGACCCGUCCACAGAUUAAAGACUUUAAAGAGAAGAUUCGUCAGGAUGUGGACUCGGUGAUCACCGUGGGCAGAGGAGAAGUUGUCACAGUCAGGGUCCCUACCCAUGAGGAGGGUUCCUACCUCUUCUGGGAGUUUGCUACAGACCACUAUGACAUUGGAUUUGGUGUCUUCUUCGAAUGGACUGACUCCACCAAUGCCUCAGUCAGCGUGCACGUCAGCGAGUCCAGUGACGAAGAUGAAGAAGAGGACGAGCCACAAAGCGAGGAGAAAGCAAAGAAAGAGACAGGCAAGCCGCAGGUGGAUGAGAUUGUGCCGGUUUACCGGCGGGACUGCCAUGAGGAGGUGUACGCCGGGAGUCACCAGUACCCCGGCCGUGGCAUCUACCUACUCAAAUUCGACAAUUCCUACUCACUGUGGAGGUCGAAGAGUGUCUAUUACAGAGUCUACUACACCAGAUAAGCCUGGAGUUAAGACUGUGGAGCAGGAGUGUGUGUACAAGUAUGCAUGUGUGUGGGGUGUGUCUCAUGCUGUUCGAGUUCAGGAGGAUCAGAUUUCGAUGCGUCCUUGUCGCCUGUGUUUGCAUUCUGAAAGGCGUUCUCUCGAAUUUCAUGCUUGUUAAUAGUAUUGUCUUCUGUACUCAGUGUGACUUCUUCUCCUAUCAUUCAUCCUCUACCAUCAUACAGAGUAGUGCUUUACACAGUACUGCACAGCCUAAUUGAAAGUGAAUGAGUGUACUUGAAAUGUUUGGAGUGAGUCCAUUCAGAUUUUAUGCUUUACAAGAUGAGGCUCAUGUGUGGACUAAGUAAUGCUGCUUUCCCAUAACUACCUGGAAUUUCUGAUGCGUCGUUAGAUUAACCCUGUUAUCCAAAUCACUUCACACUGGUUGUUAUUGGCCAUUUAUGCCCAUGAUCCAUACACCUUGAAAGAUGUUUCACUGUCAUGAUACGGCAGUUGUAGCCUAGCGGUUAAGGGAUUGGACUAGUAAUGAAGGUCACUGGUUUAAGCCCCACCGCUGCCAAGUUGCCACUGUUGGGCCCUGAGCAGACCCUUAAUUCUCAAUUGCUCAAAUCGUGUUGUCAUAAUUGUAAGUCGCUUUGGAAAUAUGUUUAAAUUGGCUAACAUCAAUCGUUUCCCCAGGUUGAUUUGGAAGAAAUGAUUUGCUUUCACAGUGCUUCACUUCUGUGAGUUGUAAAACAGUUCUAGAUUGAAACUAACAAUAAAACUAACAUGUACGUGUAUCAGAUUAUUUUACCCUUGCUCAAUGCCCCAACUGUGACGAUUUUGUGAUAUGGCUUGACAUUUUCUAAUUAAAUUAUACAUUUUAUAACAAGGACGCUUGGGUGGUGCUGUGGUAAAUUAUGCUGGCCCACUACUGCUGGGAUCCAGGGUUCGAAUCCCCAGCGGUGCUAGCGGUCUGUCAGGUGUCUACAUACAGACAUGAAUGACUAUUUCUGAGUAGGGAACCUGUGCAAUUGGUGUCCUGUCCAGGGUAUGUUACUGCAUUUUUGCCCUUGCAUUCCCCCACAAUACUGACUUUGAUGAAACGUGGUAAAACAUGAAAAUAAAAUAAAUAAAUAAGAAAUUAUUUUAUUCUAGCAAUAUUUUAGCAAUAUUUAUUAAAUGGCCUGUAAAAACAUUACCACAGACGUUCCUGUACUGUUGCAAAUUGGCAACUGUAUCCUGGACAUAGCCUAAACAUAGUUCUGUUUCCAUGUGGUUCCAGGUAGUCAUGGAAAAGCAGCGAUGCAUGUCUUUAUUUAGGACAGUUUUCUUAUUUAGGACCAUGGUGUUACAUCAGGUGCAUUAUAGAUCCAGCACAUCAAAGUUUUCCUUCAAACACCUGAGUCGCCUCACCUGAGCAGAGAAAUCGCCAAACAAUGUUGGACUCCAGCCAUGGUGCACAUCUGUGUACCAGUACUGUACUAUACAUCUGUACAGCAACAUGUGCACCGAGGGGCUGCUAGGGUUAAACAACAUACCUAUUGCAUGUCAGAAAUUCGCUACUGACAGAAAGGUGGGCAUGAUGCACAUUGGGACUAAAUUUGAAUCUGUAACCGUCUUGAAAGAGAGAGACUUGUAUCACCACUGAAGUGAUUUAAUUAUGUGUAAAGCAUUUAUGAAAUAUUUAUGAAUCUGACCGGUAGAUUAGGGUCCUUGAUGUCCGUCAUACAACAUGUAACUCUCCCAAUCAUCUAUUUGUCUGUUUUAAACGAGUUUCUAGUCUCUUGUCUGAAUUGGUUACUGUCAUGAUAUAUAUUUUUUUUUAUAAGAUUCAGCAGUUCUGUCAGUAUUGCCUUUUUCUAUUGUGUAAUAAUUAGUCUUUGUUGAAAAUCAUCUUGCCUUUUCUGGUCUAUCACUGUUACAGUUUAUGUAUGUAAAAAGCCUAAUUAAAACACAAAACUCACUUAUCUGUUAUAUUCAUGGUUUUAAAUGCUACGCAAACAAGAUAUCUUUAUUAAGACCUAAUGUUCUUUGUGUCAUUACUAUGGCUUAAAAAGUGACAUUAGAAUGUGACUGUUUUAUUUCAUUGCUGUCAUUUAUAGACAUUAUUCUUUCUAUGCUCUGUUUUCCACAACAUAUAAAGAACGUCUCUUCAUUAAAAGACUAACUUUUUACUGUCCAUACAGCCUAAAGUAUUUAUGUGGCUGUUGGAUGAUAUUACUACAACAUGCUUCAUACCAGUAGUGGUAUUCCAUCAGGUAUUUAACAUGAACAGAUCUGUGAGGAUAUUAGUUAUUUGCUUGUACAAGUGAUGGCACCUGUCAGAGCAGCAUUCACAUUCACAUGACACCCAAAAAUGACUACAUUGGCAUCUGUACAUGCGUGUUAAUUUAUGAAUGAUUUCCUUAUGUUUUCUGACUUAUUGUUAAUUAUAUUAAAGUCAGGACAUUGUAAAUUUGAACAUAACCAUGGGCUUGAUUUUGGACUUGGGUAAUCAUUGCUGGAAACUACAUUUUCACACCAUAAAAUAUAAAGUAAACAUUUUGCAUUCAUUUUGAUCUGUAUUAGUUUGGGGAAAAAUGUUUCUUUGAGUUUAAUGAAGUUUAUUUUUCAUUAAACUUCUUCAUUCUUUCAUUAAACAGCUUCAUUUGA